UCUCCCACAACCCCGCGUCUCGAAAGGGGCGAAGACCGGAGACGCCAAGACAGCGAGCAGCCGAAGCCGUUCCCCGCCGCGCCGCGCCAUGGACCGCGCGCAGCUCCUCCUCGUCGGCCUCCCGGCCCUGCUCUUCUUCUCCGACCUCACCCACAUCUUCGCGCCGCCGCCUCCCCACCUCCGCCACCCCCAUCACCACCCCCCUCACCACCAUCCGCACCCGCCGCACCAUCCCCAUCCCCACCCGCCGCACCACCACCCGCACCCGCCGCACCACCAUCACCACCCCGACCCCACCGCGGCAGCCAUACAGGAGCCACGCGUGGAUGGGUCUGGAUUCGGCGCUACAGUUGAGCUGCAGUUCUGUGCCUCCUGCUCCUACAGGGGAACUGCAAUGACCAUGAAGCGCAUGCUGGAAACCUCAUUUCCGGGCAUUCAUGUUAUCUUGCAUAAUUAUCCUCCACCCUUCCCCAAGCGCGUACUUAGCAAAGUUAUCCCAAUUGUUCAAGUUGGAGCAGUUGCAACAAUAAUGGCUGGUGAUCAGAUUUUCCCCAGACUUGGAAUGGUUCCACCUCCAUGGUACUACUCACUACGCACCAAUAGAUUUGGAACUAUGGCGACAAUCUGGCUAUUGGGCAAUUUUGCUCAGUCCUUUCUACAAAGCUCUGGCGCCUUUGAAGUUUACUGUAAUGGAGAGCUGGUGUUCUCAAAACUGACUGAGCAGAGGUUCCCAAGUGAGUUCGAGCUGCGUGAUCUCAUUGGCAGCAGAUUGCCGGAGUCGCCAUUUGGGAGGAAUCUGGGGAAAACGUGGACUUGAUCCCUGGAGCUCAGAUUGCCCCAUCUUCGUCUGCUGCUAUUUAGGUAUUAGUAGGCGGCAACUUUCAGAUGUUGAUCUAUUAAAGCUGCACAGCUUUUCUGUAAACACAACUUCCGGGUGUGUGGCUUGUAUAAUGGAUCGCCUGGGUACCUGACAUAAACCACCGUUAGGGGACAUUGUGAUCACCUGAUAACUUCUGGGACCUUUGUAAUGUGCUGGAGUACUACAUUGGCAACUUUGUCAGUGUGACCUUUUCA